UCGCUAGAGCAAAUAAAAGGUCCCAGGACAAGUGAACGCGUGUGCCGCCAGUGAUAAGCCAGACAUAAGAGAACGUGCAACUCGGGGAUCACUGCUUUCUGUCCAUCUAUCUGGCUCGUAGAUGAAGAGGAGAAGCAUAUUGUGACCAGUCAGCAAGUGAAAUUAUCUUUUUGCCUGCAAAGCAACUGUUGGUGCGUGUCGAACUGCAAUCUCUGAUUAAUUCUCGCACUAGGUCGCAGUGCAUUCGAGCAAGACCGGUGUGCUGAUUGAUUUUACCCAACGGCGUGUUUGGAACUCUUUCACCGUGAGAGACUGUAUGUUCGAAAACCUUAACGUCUCACGUGCAGCACUCUCUGUGCACUAAUCUGAUGGAGGGCUCACACAAGACUGUAUCGGUUCUGGUGGUCAUAUUGUGUUACGGUAGUUUCGUCACCAUCUCCAUCACACAUGCCUGGAAGGAGCCGUGCGCGAACCUAUGCCACUGCAACAUCACGUAUGUCCUCUGUCCUGCUCAGAGUGCUCUGCAGUACGUACCAACAGUGGUCAUUAACGGCAGCAGCAGAGAGGCCAUCAUCCCUUAUAUGGACCUGCGAUGGAAUCGGAUCCAAUCAAUCCCAGAUGGAAAUUUCUCUGCGUUCUCUUCCCUUCAGAUAUUGUAUAUGUCAGAGAACAUACUGAGCACGCUUACGCCGCACUCCUUCGAUGGGCUCCGCAACCUAAUCCUGCUCAACCUGGACAGGAACAGCCUGACAGAGCUAUUGCCAGGACAAUUCAGUGACCUCGCAAGUUUGAGAACCCUGACAUUGAAAGAGAAUAGGCUGGCUGUACUACACAAUACUAGCUUCGCGGGCCUUGGCGAACUCAGGACUCUAAAUCUCGCGGAUAACAAUCUCUCAAGCUUUCCAUCAGGAAUCUUCGAGAGCCUCGGAAAACUGGAAGUAUUGACAUUGACAUCAAACAAGCUGGUGGUGCUAAACAAUGACAGUUUCUCAGGCCUUGAUAGACUAAGGGUUCUGUAUCUUGCAAGUAACACUAUCUCACGUCUGCCAUCAGGAAUCUUCGACGGACUUGGCGAGCUGGAACUAUUGUACAUUCGUGACAAUGCUAUCUCCUCCCUACAAUCAGGUUUAUUUGAUGAACUGACCAACCUUACUUUAAUAUACUUGGAUGAGAACAAGCUGACCUCCCUGCCACUGGGAAUAGUGGACAAGCUCUCGAAGCUUGAAGUUUUCUCCGGACACGCCAAUCUGCUACUAGGGCAUCUGCAUGAUGGCAUAGUCAACGGUAACCCUAGUCUUACCGAAUUUGACUUUGGUUUCAAUCGUCUGACGUCGCUACAUCCUGAAAUGUUUGCCAGUACACCACUCCUGACUAUCCUGAGACUUGACUACAACUUCAUAACGGCUUUGCCGCUGGGAAUCUUCGACAAUCUUCCUCUGCUCACAACAUUCACAAUUGCAAACAAUUCCUUUCCGCUGAACGCAUCCCUCUGCCCACUGAUAACCAUUCGAAAGACCAACGCAUUCGUAGACAGUGCAGACAGUCCAGUGCUGUUCGAGACGGCCGUCGGCUUGUGGAUCAAACAGAUCGUCAACACAAAAUGCAAUGGUGCUGAUGUGCGUUGCUAUGGUUUCCCUGGUGAGGCUCUCGGCUACAUGUGCUCCUGUCCUGCUGGAACGGCUUACAACGGUACAGCGUGUGUUACCAUACCAACCUGCGCUGCCUGCACAAUCUACCCAUCGUGCCAUGGACCGCCGACAAACUUCAGUUGUGACUGCGUCCUACCAAGCACCGCGAUGCUAAGCAGAAACAUUUCUUCAGGAUGCGCCUCAGCAAGAUUCCCUUGCGAUGAUGGCCUAACAUUUCGUCAGACCGAUAUCUUGACUUGCCAGAGUUCUGCAUUAGAUGACCGUCCGUCUCUUUCCACGACGCCAUGGACGAGCAACUCUACAAGUAAUACUCACACGCCUUCAGCAAAUCCAAAGUGGACAUCAUCAGGUAGCAACACCAGCACUCCGCAAACUGUGACCUCCGACAAUGCAACCAUACCUCCCGUGAGCAGUACCCCUGCGACCACUGCAAGCAGCGAAGUGAGAAGUCCACAAUACACAACUUCAAGGACUGCUCAUACAAAUCUUACUCAUAGUACAAACACAAUUCCAAUUGGAAGUUCGAACAAUACAUCACCCACUAACACUGGCCCACUUCUAUUCAGUAGUUUGAGCACUAUUCCACCCACCACCACCACCAGCAAAAUUCCAGUUAGCAGUUUGAACAAUACUCCAACCAGCACCACAAACACAUUUCAAACUAGCAGUUCCAACAACCUCCCACCCAGUAGCACCAACACACUUCCAAUCAGCACCAUGAACCAAGAGGUCACAAGCACGAAUCAUACUUCCACAGAAUUCCCUUCCAGCGUACCCUUGACCAGCAACACACAUGCAUCUAAGCCACGUAGCCCUAGUACAGCUGAAGCAAGAAACACAACACGUAGCACUGAAAACAGCCAUACAAGCCAUGUAAGUGCAAGCAGCACCCAGCUACCUGCAACCUCCCAAAGCAGAAGCAGCCAGGCAAUCACCAGCAUGAGAAACAUCAGCAAUACCACUGGCCGAACUCCACCAGCAACUCUGCAGCAGCUAUCCAACGCUCAACUGAAUGCUAGUGAUUCACAGCAGAUUGUGCAAACUAGUGGCUUGCUGCAGGCACUAACUGAGAACAACAUCACACUCUCCAGCAGAGAUAUCGACCAUGCUGCUGAAGUCCUUACUAAUCUGGCUAUUGCUAUGAAUGCAAGCCAGAGUGUCAACCACACCGACUGGCUGCAGGUGGCAGCCAGUGUAGUGACAACUGUUGAUAACAUCUUGAAACAAAAUAGCUCAGCAGUCAGUGCUUACACUGGACCAAGGAUUGCUCAGUCUCUUGAGACCCUGCUUUUCUCCUACACACGGAGUGCCAUUCAGAGCAACUAUACGCUGAUCAGUAUUGUGAAACCAAACAUAGCCCUGGCCAUAGGCUGCCUGAACAUCACCGACCAGGCACAGCUUCUUGCAGCUCUUUCACAUGGGAAAGAGGUAUUUCUAGGACCAGCUGAAGUGUUUACUCAGAACACAGAGAAUACAACGCUACUGGUAAACAUCCCAGGUGUUGUCCUUCACCAGACAGCAGCAGCAGCAGCAGCAGCACAGCUGACAUCUGACAUCUACACCACCAACUCAAGCAUGUGUCCGACAUCCUGGACCUCCUUCAUCUUCUACAAGAAAGCCACACUGUUCAUAGAUCACAGCCUUCCGGACAACACCGAUGUCUUGUCCGGCGUGAUUUCAGUCAAUAUCGGGAAUAUUGUUUCUGGUGAUGACUUGCAGCAACCAGCAAAUUUCACUUUCAAAUUAGUGGAGGAAGAGGCAAGGGUGGUGGUGAAUACUACGUGUGUAUUCUGGGACUUCCAAAGCGGCAGCUGGAGCACGGAAGGUUGCCGUCUUCUUACACCAGAUGAAAAUAACCAGGACAAGAGAGCCUAUUGUCAGUGUACACAUCUGAGUAACUUUGCUGUGCUCGUCUCUCGCAAUGUAGUCAAUCAGCAAGGACCGGAAAGCAAAGCCCAGAGAGCACUGAGCAUCGUUACCUACAUCGGCUGUGCUCUAUCUAUUGCCUCACUGAUCGCUGCAAUGUCGACAAUCGCAUGUUUCCGGUCAAUACGUAAUCGUCGUCACCACCGUAUCGUCUUCUGCCUGAGUACCAGCUUGCUGCUAGCGCUGUUACUGUUCACAUUGGGAGUACGUGCAACGGCCAACAGAGCAGCAUGCACAGCCAUUGCCAUGUUGCUGCACUUCCUGUUUCUGCUGGCAUUUGCGCUGACCUCGUUGGAUGCCUUCUUGCUGUACAAACAACUGGUGAAUCUGCUAACUGCUGUCAACCAGUCCACGGUGAAAGUAGCGUAUGUGGUGACUGCAGGUAUGCCACUAUUCAUUGUUGCAAUCUCAGGAGGAAUUGGAAGCUUCGACGUGUAUGGCAGCGGAAAAUAUUGUUGGAUUGCCAACGAUACUGUGUUCUACGUAGCGUUCAUCUCUCCGAUGUGUGUCUGCCUGCUCUCAAAUAUAGCAGUAAUCGUACGAGUAGUAGUCUUGUUGCGUCAUCACAGAAGCAGUGCGAUAACAGGAAAGGCAAAAGACACGUCCAGUGUGUCGUAUCUACUUCGAGUCGUCGUUGCAUUGUCAGUUCUGCUAGGAAUUUCCUGGCUGUUUGGUGCCCUGGUAGCCGUCUAUGAUCACCUCGCUCUUCAGUUCAUCUUUGCCAUCACCAACACUCUGCAGGGACUGGGAAUCUUUCUACACGUGUCACGUGACGUAGACGUGCGUACCACCUGGCGAGCAUCCAUUGCAUCAGUGCUGCUGCAUUUCCCCAGGCUCACAAGCACUUCCCAGCGCUCGACCAACGUAACAGGCAGCGCAGGAUCUAUACCGAACGCCUCGACCCAACGGCCGGGCAGCAGAAGUGAAAGGAACCCCACCGUUGAAAAUCCUGCUGCAGAGGGAAGAAACCUGGAGGAUCGACAGCUUUCGGAAGAGGAUAGGCAACUGAGUAGUCAGCAAUUAUCCAGCAUCACCAGUCUAACUCCUUUGGUUGGAAUUUCUGAUACAGGGUCCCAACAAACCUCUACAUUCCGUCUCAGAAGCACAGGCGAAAUGCUGGAACUCUCAGAAACCCAGGAAGAAGGAAGUAUGGAUCAGAGAGAAGAAGAUGAAGAAGAAGACAUUGUGUAACGCUGAGAUGAUACAUUUCCAUCACCGAUUCUUCUCUGCUACCUCUGCAUUCGUGUGUGUGUGUGGGGGGGGGGGUUGUGUACAGAAUAUUAUGUGUAUGUAUGUGUGUGUACAUGCACACGCGUCCGGGUAUACAUGUGUGUGUGUGUGUGCAUGUGUGCGUAUGUGUGUAUGCAUGUCUAUAAUUGUGUCUAUCUCUGUCUGUUUAUGUGUGUGUGCGCGUGUGCGUGUGCGUGUGUGUGUCUCUCUCUCUCUCUAUUUAUAUAUAUCGCUCUCUCCCCACCCCUUUAUCUUUGAUUCUGUUCUUUCUGUUUCUCUUUUUUGCGGAGGCUGAUGCCCCACAAAAAACCGCGAUCCUUCUUACUUCAUGUCCGCUUUGCUAGCCUCGGAUGACUUUCCUGUGUAACGAUUGCUUUCUGUAAUGUCGCGUAUAAAGGCAGAUGCUUACAGCCGUAUAAACCGAUGUCAGUGCUAGGCUUCUAUUCAAGUUAGGCUUCCACUCCAACCUCGUAUUUCUAUGUAUGUCAACACUAAACCAGGAGUAUGUGCUGACAGUGUAUCUUAAACAUCAGGCUUGUGUUCUAAAACAAGCUUCU